UUGAAUACUUUAAUGACUUACGAAAUCAAAAUGUAUUUUCGAAUUUUACGUUAAAACGAAUUCGAAUUACGAAAAUCGAUUAAAUUUAGAAAACGAUCCUAUCCGAUUUUGGAUUCGAAUCCUAAAACUAAAUUCCUAAGUCUAGCCCAAUUGAAUAAAGCCCAAUAUUAUAAACCCAUAACCCCAUACUUCUACUCCAUGUAAAACACAAAACACAAAACACCAAACCCCUCUAUUCCUACUUCACGUAAAAACCAAAAAGGGCAAAACCCAUCUCUCUCCUUUCCUGCUUCCUCUUCCUCCCUCUGCCCAGCCGCCGACCACCACGAGCACGCCACCAAGGCCGCCAGACCACCUCGCCGCCACGUCGCUGACCACCAGCUCUCACCACCACCUUGCUCGCGCAGCCCCCGCGUCGCCACCCAGCCUGCGCCGCCGCUGCCUUGUCCCUGCUCGCCGCCACCGCAAGUAGCACCACCGUGUGCCGCCGUCUCUCAGCCCUGCCGCAAGCCACCUCUGUCCGCCAGCCAACUCUCUCUCCUCCUUCUUGAAUUGGCGGAGAAUUCUCUUUAGGCGACUUUUGAAAGUGUUAAAGUGGCCUAUCAGUUUGUUUACACAAGGUCGCGUUCUAGGAUGACCAACAGUAAUGACCUAGCUGCUGUCUUUCGCCUCUUGGCGGAAAAACUAGCCCAGGAAAGAACUGAGCGCCCCAAUUCUGCAGGAGACAUGUUUGAAAGGCUUGCGAAAGUUAAGCCACCAUACUUCAAGGGGCAAGCAGACCCGACCUUCUUAGAAAACUGGAUUAGGGAGUUUGAAAAACUAUUUUGGGUGGUAAACUGUCCUGAAAAUAUGAAAAUAGGUCAAGCUGUCCUUUACCUAAAAGAUGAGGCCGAUCUAUGGUGGAAAGAGAAUGGAACUAGGCUAAGUGUUGUUGAAGGAUUUAAUUGGGACUCAUUUGUUGUUGCAUUGAGGGAAAAGUUUUAUCCUCCUUUCAUAACAAAACGAAAAGCGCAAGAAUUCAUAAACCUUGGGAUGGGGAGUAUGACUAUCGCUGAAUACUAUAGUAAGUUUAUAACUUUGUCGAGGUUUGCACCUGAGGUGGUAGCUACUGAGGAGCUAAAGGCUCAGAGGUUUGAGCAAGGGUUGACCGAUGAGAUUCAGUUGGGAUUAGAUGGAGAAACCUUUACAUCCCUAGAUAAUGUGCGUGAGAAAACCACCCAUAUUUAUGAAUUGCAGUCUAGAAGGGACAAGAAAAAUGUGGUUGGGGAGAAAAGAAAAGAGUUUAAUGCUGGGAAAAACCAAGGGAAUUUCAAGAAAAGUACGAAAGUGAACAGGAAUGAGGGUGGAAAUGGAAAUUUUCAACAGAGGAACAAUCAGGGGCACAACAAUAGCAACCAAUCUGAGAGAGUGCAUCACUGUAAGAGAUGCAACAACAACCAUCCUGGUAAAAACUGCAAGGGAGAAUUAGUGACAUGCAACUAUUGUCAGAAAAGGGGCCAUAGGGAGUAUGAGUGCUUCACCAAGCAGAAAAAGGAACAAAAUGGUAAUGGAAGUGAAAAUCAAGUGAGGUUUAACCAGUCUGGAAGACAAGAUUCAAAGCCUGGAGGGGCACAAAACAAUCAAGGAAACUAUAAUAAGCCCGCAAAUGAUAACAACAACCAGAAUAAGACUCCGGGCAAACCGUUCUUGAUGUCUAGAAAUGAAGCUGAAUAUUCUGCAGACGUAGUUCAUGGUACUUUUUCUAUUAACUCUGUGCUAGUUAAAACAUUAUGUGAUUCGGGAGCAACUUAUUCUUUUGUUUCGUCAUCUGUUGUUAAGAGUCUGAAUUUGGUAGAUUUUGAGUAAUUGAUUUACCUGUUAGUAUACCUACUAGUGUAACCAUAAGGUGUACCAAGUUGUUUAAGAAUCCGCCUUUUAAGAUAAAAGAUUGCGUUUUCUUUCCGAUUUGAUAGAGUUUAAUCUGGGAAACCUAUAUGUAAUUUUGGGGAUGGAUUGGCUAAGUUUGUUCAGGGCCAAGUUAGAGUUUGUAAUUCAGAAACUAAGUAUAAGGAACCCUAUUGGAAAUUUGACCUCAUAUAAACGUUUUGGGAAGACCAAGAACCUUGGGGUUAUUUCUGCAAUGCAAGUGAGGAAAUUGAUGAUAAGGAGUGUGAACUAUUUUUCUGUAGGAGCUAGAUGUGAGUUAAGAAGUCGGAAUGAAGAUCGAGGAUGUUCCAACUGUGAAUGAAUUCAUGGAUGUGUUUCCUAGUGAGAUUGCAGGUAUGCCACUUGCUAAGAGCCGUUGAGUCCCCUAUAGACUUAGUUCCUAGAAUGACGCAUAUAUCUAGAGCACCAUAUAGAAUGACACCUCCUGAAAUGAGCUAAUUAAGAAAAAGUUGCAAGAGUUGUUUGGUCAAGGAAUAUAUUAGGCCUAGUGCAUCACCGUGGGGAGCUCCUGUGUUGUUUGUUAAGGAGAAAGAUAAGAGUAUGGAAUUAUGCAUCGAUUUUAGGGAGCUAAACAUCAUCAAGAGCAAGUAUCUAUUGGAUCAAUUGAACUGGGCGAGUGUGUUAUCGAAGAAUGAUUUGUGUUUGAAGUAUCACCAAUUGAGGAUAGCUGAUAAAGAUAUACCUAAGACCUCAUUAGGACUCGUUAUUGUCAUUAUGGGUUUAGAGUAAUGUCUUUUGGGUUAACCAAUGCACCUGCCAUAAUUAUGGAUUUGAUGAAUAAGAUUUUCUACGAAUCCCGAAUUAAGUUCGUUAUUAUGUUACUGAUGGUAUCCUGAUUUAUUCAAGGAAUGAAAAGAGCAUAAUGAAAUCUUGAGGAUUACUUUGGAGACGCUUAGAUAGAAUCUAGUUUUAUGUGAAUGAAGUACACAAAUCUUGAAGUCAUGUGCGUAUAAGUGACACCGGUGGAAAAGUGAAGGACUAUAUUGAUCGAAAACCACGUUACGUAAGGGAGUAAAAUUAAGAGAAGAUUCGAGUGGUCCAGGAUUGUUAGAAAUUUGUUGUCUUGAAAAGAGGGGAAUAUAUGAAUUGGUGAAAUACUAGGAUUUAAGCCCAAGAGUUAUAAAUCCAUGAAAGGCGUAAUGAGGUUCAGUAGAAAAGGAAAGUUGAGCAGAAGGAGUGUCUGUAGAUCCUGCUAAGGUUCGAGCUGUGAGUGAGUGACCUACUCCAAAGAACGUGUCUAAUAUUUGAAGUUUCCUAGGCCUAUUUGACUGUUAUAAGAGGUUGUGAAGACUUUAGAAGAGAGCAAAACCAAUGGCAAACUUGUUGAAAAAGGAAUCAAAAUUUGAGUGAAGUGAGAAAAGUGAGGAAGCUUCUAGAUUUUAAAAGAGAAUUUGACCUCCGCAACUGUUGUCGCGUCAAUUGAAACCUUGUAAGCCUAAUUACCAAACCCAUGACCUAAAGUUAGUUGCUAUUGUGUUACCUGCGAAUAUUUGGAGACAUUACCUUUAUAGGGCAACACGUAAGAUCCUUACCGAGCACAAAAGUCUGAAACUUUGGCAAUAAGGCCCAGUUGAAUCUUGGGGACAACAUCGAAAAAUAUACUGCUUUCCACCCUGCAAUUGAUGGUCAGCCUGGGAGGACUAACCAAACUACGGAAUAUAUGUUGAGAGCCCGUGUUAUUGACUUUAAGAGUAACUGGGGAACCACCUAGAUUCGAUUGGAUUUCUUGAAAGAUAGUUACCAUACGAACAGUAAGAUGUCACAUGUUGAGGCAUUGUAUGGGAAAGAAGUGUAGAGGUUCCACUUGUUGGGAUGAUUUUAGUGAAAAUAUAGUAUUGGGGGCAGAAUUCGUUGAAGAAAGGAAAUACCCAAAGUUAUUCCCUGAGAUGAGUUACGAGGGCGUAACUCGUUUUCUUUAAGAGGGGUAGAAUACGAUAUAAAUUCGCGCUUUUUACCUAAUUUUAUGGUGUUUUUAUGCAUUUUUAUGCUUAUUUUAGCAAAUUAUUCAUGUCGAUGCAAGUAAAUAGAUUCUUCGCGUAACAAAUAGGUGUUCAUGAGUAAUUCAAGAAACUUUAAGUUGGCAAAAGAGUGUACAUAAAUGCCACAAGUAUUUCUCCAAUGAGAAUGAGUUGAAAAGUUUGGAAAGAUAGGUGAAUUUUCGUGUCAAGUUUCGGGACGAAACUUCUUUUAAGAGGGGUAGAUUGUAAUCCCCCGUAAUUUUAUACAUUGUUUAUAUUUUUUACGUAUAUUUAAUAUAUUUAAGUACAAUUUGCGGAUUUUAGAAAUGAAUAUGUAAUUAAAAUAUAAUUAUUUUAUCUCAUUUUGAAUACUUUAAUGACUUACGAAAUCAAAAUGUAUUUUCGAAUUUUACGUUAAAACGAAUUCGAAUUACGAAAAUCGAUUAAAUUUAGAAAACGAUCCUAUCCGAUUUUGGAUUCGAAUCCUAAAACUAAAUUCCUAAGUCUAGCCCAAUUGAAUAAAGCCCAAUAUUAUAAACCCAUAACCCCAUACUUCUACUCCAUGUAAAACACAAAACACAAAACACCAAACCCCUCUAUUCCUACUUCACGUAAAAACCAAAAAGGGCAAAACCCAUCUCUCUCCUUUCCUGCUUCCUCUUCCUCCCUCUGCCCAGCCGCCGACCACCACGAGCACGCCACCAAGGCCGCCAGACCACCUCGCCGCCACGUCGCUGACCACCAGCUCUCACCACCACCUUGCUCGCGCAGCCCCCGCGUCGCCACCCAGCCUGCGCCGCCGCUGCCUUGUCCCUGCUCGCCGCCACCGCAAGUAGCACCACCGUGUGCCGCCGUCUCUCAGCCCUGCCGCAAGCCACCUCUGUCCGCCAGCCAACUCUCUCUCCUCCUUCUUGAAUUGGCGGAGAAUUCUCUUUAGGCGACUUUUGAAAGUGUUAAAGUGGCCUAUCAGUUUGUUUACACAAGGUCGCGUUCUAGGAUGACCAACAGUAAUGACCUAGCUGCUGUCUUUCGCCUCUUGGCGGAAAAACUAGCCCAGGAAAGAACUGAGCGCCCCGAUUCUGCAGGAGACAUGUUUGAAAGGCUUGCGAAAGUUAAGCCACCAUACUUCAAGGGGCAAGCAGACCCGACCUUCCUAGAAAACUGGAUUAGGGAGUUUGAAAAACUAUUUUGGGUGGUAAACUGUCCUGAAAAUAUGAAAAUAGGUCAAGCUGUCCUUUACCUAAAAGAUGAGGCCGAUCUAUGGUGGAAAGAGAAUGGAACUAGGCUAAGUGUUGUUGAAGGAUUUAAUUGGGACUCAUUUGUUGUUGCGUUGAGGGAAAAGUUUUAUCCUCCUUUCAUAACAAAACGAAAAGCGCAAGAAUUCAUAAACCUUGGGAUGGGGAGUAUGACUAUCGCUGAAUACUAUAGUAAGUUUAUAACUUUGUCGAGGUUUGCACCUGAGGUGGUAGCUACUGAGGAGCUAAAGGCUCAGAGGUUUGAGCAAGGGUUGACCGAUGAGAUUCAGUUGGGAUUAGAUGGAGAAACCUUUACAUCCCUAGAUAAUGUGCGUGAGAAAACCACCCAUAUUUAUGAAUUGCAGUCUAGAAGGGACAAGAAAAAUGUGGUUGGGGAGAAAAGAAAAGAGUUUAAUGCUGGGAAAAACCAAGGGAAUUUCAAGAAAAGUACGAAAGUGAACAGGAAUGAGGGUGGAAAUGGAAAUUUUCAACAGAGGAACAAUCAGGGGCACAACAAUAGCAACCAAUCUGAGAGAGUGCAUCACUGUAAGAGAUGCAACAACAACCAUCCUGGUAAAAACUGCAAGGGAGAAUUAGUGACAUGCAACUAUUGUCAGAAAAGGGGCCAUAGGGAGUAUGAGUGCUUCACCAAGCAGAAAAAGGAACAAAAUGGUAAUGGAAGUGAAAAUCAAGUGAGGUUUAACCAGUCUGGAAGACAAGAUUCAAAGCCUGGAGGGGCACAAAACAAUCAAGGAAACUAUAAUAAGCCCGCAAAUGAUAACAACAACCAGAAUAAGACUCCGGGCAAACCGUUCUUGAUGUCUAGAAAUGAAGCUGAAUAUUCUGCAGACGUAGUUCAUGGUACUUUUUCUAUUAACUCUGUGCUAGUUAAAACAUUAUGUGAUUCGGGAGCAACUUAUUCUUUUGUUUCGUCAUCUGUUGUUAAGAGUCUGAAUUUGGUAGAUUUUGAGUAAUUGAUUUACCUGUUAGUAUACCUACUGGUGUAACCA